GCACAGAGCUGGGCUAGUGCGCGGCGGGUGAGAAACGGUCCCCCGUGGCUUCUCUAGGGCACCACGCGGUACCUCACCCUUCUGCGCCCCUGGGGCCAGGACGCUCGCUGCAGCACUUUCUCUCAGAUGCAGAGCAAAACAGAGGCACCCUUGCCUGCUGCACACUGUCUUUCACCGUGGACGAGGUCGCCUGCAGAUCCGGGCUGGACCGUAUGGGCUGCCCAGUGGAGCUUCAUGAAUCCCUGACUCUCCUCAUGCAGCUCCAGUCCAGUCAGCCCUCCCUCUGCUGGAGCCCAAGGUUCAAGCUAACCUGUGCCGGAUCCUUCCUAUCUUUCUUCUUGUCAAGGAGCCCAGGUGUAAUGAGAGACUGAACAGGAAAUUCCUGAUUGCUUGUUCUUAGAGGAGAGGCAUCUGUGUUCUCGUGAGGGUCCUUCCCUCGCUGGGACAGUCGCCAACUGAAGUAGACUGUGGGUGAGGAAAAUUUGAUUUUUUAAAAAGCCUAUGGGACAUAACACCAUUGCUAGAAACCUGGUAAAACUCAGAAAACUGACUCCAUAAGAGGCACUCUACGUGGGCACAGGAGGUUACUUGGAAUCAAAGAACUCAAUGAGCCAAACUUUCUUUAAUUUUAAAUGUGCUAUUCUCCAUUUAAAGAUGCCUUCGCAGUUCUGAUAAAUGCAAACUGAAAACUCACAAGGCCACGGCAGAGAUAAAAUCACUACUGCUGGAAACCUGGAAGACUGCCCUUAAGAAAGGAAAAUCCCCAAUUACUGUUUGAAAUGCUGAGGAAGUUGCUGAGGAGGAGACUUUUUUCUUAUCCCGCUAAAUAUUACUUCUUUUUUUUUGUAUUUUCCCUAGUCACCUUUUCUGUAUUAAGAAUUUAUCAAAAGCCUGAAUUUGUAAGCAUUGGACAUUUGGAUCUGGUUGGAGAAAAUCCUAAUAAUAAUAUUAAUUGCACCAAAGUUGUACAGGGUGAUGCACAUGAAAUUGAAAAGGUAAAGCUUGAGAUUCUGACAGUGCAAUUUGGAAAGCGUCCUCGGUGGACAACCUAUGACUAUAUAAACAUGACUAGUGAUUGUACUUCUUUCAUCAAGAGACGCAAAUAUAUUGUAGAACCUCUUAGUAAGGAAGAGGCAGAGUUUCCAAUAGCAUAUUCCAUAGUGGUUCAUCACAAAAUUGAAAUGCUUGAUAGGCUCCUGAGGGCCAUCUAUAUGCCUCAGAACUUCUAUUGCAUUCAUGUGGACAAAAAAUCAGAGGAUUCCUUUCUGGCUGCAGUGACUGGCAUCGCAUCCUGUUUUGAUAAUGUCUUUGUGGCCAGUCAGUUGGAGACUGUGGUGUAUGCAUCGUGGAGUCGGGUUCAGGCCGACCUCAACUGUAUGCAGGACCUCUACAGAAUGAGUGCAGACUGGAAGUAUUUGAUAAAUCUUUGUGGUAUGGAUUUUCCUAUUAAAACCAACCUGGAAAUUGUCAGGAAACUCAAGUUGUUAAUGGGAGAAAACAACCUAGAAACUGAGAGAAUGCCAUCGCAUAAAAAAGAGAGGUGGAAAAAGCAUUAUGCAGUCGUUGAUGGAAAGCUGACCAAUACGGGGACUGACAAAGUGCAACCUCCUCUCGAAACACCUCUGUUUUCAGGCAGUGCCUAUUUUGUGGUCAGCAGGAAGUAUGUGGAGUACGUGCUAAAGAAUGAAAAAAUCCAAAAGUUUAUGGAGUGGGCAAAAGACACAUACAGCCCGGAUGAGUAUCUCUGGGCCACUAUUCAGAGGAUCCCUGACGUCCCUGGCUCACUGUCCUUAAGCCAUAAGUAUGACAUGUCCGACAUGCAUGCAAUUGCUAGGUUUGUCAAGUGGCAGUACUUUGAAGGUGAUGUUACCAAGGGCGCUCCCUAUCCACCCUGCAAUGGUGUCCACGUGCGCGCUGUGUGUGUUUUUGGAGCCGGCGAUUUGAACUGGAUACUGCGCACGCAUCACUUGUUUGCCAAUAAGUUUGACAUGGACAUUGAUUUCUUUGCCAUCCAGUGUUUGGAUGAACAUCUGAGGCAUAAAGCCCUGGAGACCUUAAAACACUGACCAUUUAUUGUAGGCCAUUUUGGAAAUAAGAAGGCUACAGGAGAUGUAUCCUAUGUGAUUCGUCUGCUCUGUUAAUUAACAUCAGAAACACUGUAGGGGGUGCUCUUUGGAACGGGGACUCUUAGCUCUUCAUGUCAGAGAAGCUACAUGGUCUCUGAAGAGCACAGUUUGAAAGUUUAUGGCAUUAAAAGUUGACUUAGAGUUAAUGUGAGGCCAGGGCAGGUUUGCCAGGCUUUGUGGGGAGGGGUGGCCCAGGAGGCUAAAUGCAAAAACCAGCUCAGGGACUUAACAAAAUGAUAAGAUUUAACCUGUGCCAAAAUUACUUUGAGAGCGUUAAAUAUGACAGUUUUCCUGAUUCGAAUACAUUUAUAGCAACACCAAUCAUAAGGAUAUAAUUUAUAUUAUAGAUUAUAUUUGUUGAAUUAGAAAAUUGACAGUGAUUCUUAUGAAUAUAAUUUACUCUCUGCUGUAACAUUGUGCUGUGUAUUGUAUCUGUAUGUCAUCUCAGGGAACUUGAAAAAACGGGCUUGACUGAAUGAAAAUAUUUCUGAGUCAUUUUUGCUCUUACCAAUGUAUAUAUGUUUUACAGAACAAAACAAAAGGCAAAUUCUAGUUUUGUUGAUUCCAUGAAUCAUCUUAGGUUAUUAGAAAAGAUAUCUUAGGUUAUGAAAAAAGUUAAGGUAUCUUUGUUUAUUACUAUAGUUUCUACAGAGUAACACUCAAUUUUACAAAUAUGUAUCUUUCUACUCCUCUACGCCAUCUCCCCAGACCCUGCUAUCAAGCUAUAUAAAAACUUGUUUUAUUACCUCAUAGUACUGCCUCAGUUCUAUCAUAUGAUUCAAUUGACAGUAAUUCAUGUAGAGAAUUAAGACAGAAAGGGUGAAGUAGGUAUGGAUUGGGGAGGAGAAGGAGUCAUAUUUAGAAAAUUUCUGAGACCCAUGAUGAGUGUUAAGAACGAGAAGUGGGCACGAUGCCUAGAAAUGAAUGCUGUUGCUCUCUUUUGUUCAGCCUCCCAGAGUCUUGUGUCCUACUGUCCACCUGUGUCUCCAUUUGAAAGAAACUGGCUCCCGUUGUCCUUGCUUCUUCAUGUUACCUGCCCAUUGGUUGCUUAGCCCUUGGGUUGUAAGUUUCUCUCUCAGAACCUAUGAGGAAGGAAGAGGUGUUCCGUUGUUCUACAUGGUGUGCUUGAAGGCCUGGAGAUCUGAAAGGGACCAAUAGUUUUGGGGCAGAUUAUUUCAGCAUUGGUAUUAUUCACAGUACAUGGUUUUUACUCCACUUUAUCAUCAAAAGACAGAUAAUUUGAGGUUGUUAUACUCGUCUCAAAGUAAAUGAUUAAAAACAAACAAACAAACACCAAACUUGCUUUUGUUUUGCUGAGCUGAUACUGUUCAGCCAAAGAUCUAACAGGCACUGUGAAGCUUUAUCAUUUAGCUGAGACUUUAAACAAGAAUCAAAACCAUGUACUUUAUAAAGCAUAGCCAACUUAAAUAGGACAUAAGAAAUUCGUAAUAUCAGACAGUCUUCGGGCCUUCAACUGACAAAACAUUUGUAUUUCUCAAAGUUAGAAAACAUUUUCAUUUCAUGGUGUUGUGCUGACCCUCUCAAAGGAAAGUUUCACGUUUUUUAAACCUUGAUCAUGUGUAAACGUGCAAGUCAGUGGAUUGCUGUGUUUUGCAUGAUUUGAUAUGACAGCUUUGAAUACUCAAGUGAUGACAUCAGUGAGGGCAUUAUUUGCAUAGGGUUCCAUCUCUGUUCCUUUCUAACCUAGUUUGUUCUUUGAUUGCACGUCAAAUGUUUCUCUCAUUCCCUUUCAGCAGAAAGGUUUUACCUAUAAGACAGGGCUUUAAAACAAAACAAAACUCUAAAACCAGUAAUAUUCGGUUACACAUACUUUGCGUCUGUGUCUUGUAUUUUUACUUCAUUCAUGAUGUCUUGUUUUAUGAUUUUUUUUUUUUUACUUAAAAUUUUUUCAUAUUAAUAGGAAAGUUAAAAGCAACCGUACAGGGCACCAAAAAGGUUGUGGGUUCAGUUCCUGGUUGGGGCACAAACCUAGGUUGUGGGCUCGAUCCCUGGCUGGGGCAUGUACAGGAGGCAACUGAUCAAUGUUUCUCUCUCCCCCUUCCUCUCUCUCUCAAGUCAGUAAACAUUUCCUCAUGUGAGGAUUAAAAAGAAAAAAGCAGUAGUACAGGGAAUACCAUAUAACCCUCACCUGGAGCCACUGGUUGUUAAUAUAGUGUCCCCUUUGCUUUAAAUUGUAUAGAUAGUUUGAAUUUAGCAAAAUUAAAAAUUUUUAAAGUUUUAAAUGUACAAAUAUCCAAAGGUAUCACUCAUUUCAACACUCUUAGUGUAGAAUGAUUGUAUCUGAUUUACAUUUAAAUUGGCACGUUUUGAGGGAUUUUCUCCACCCCAGGUAUAAAAAUAGGAUUUUAGAGUCUGUUUCUCCAAACCCAACGCUAAAACUGCAGCUGUGGAACCUCAUCUUUCUUGAAUCGUACUUGUUGAGAUGUAUCUGAACAUUCUUCUGUUGCUAAAGACUGUUAAAGAGAUUGUGCAGAAUUUGUUUAUCGGGACUCUUACUUUAAUACCUUCGGCUUAACCUAAAGCAAAUGAAAUGUAUAUGACCAGGGCAAGCAAUUUGAAGACUCAAAAAGUUGGUUUCAAAAGGAAGCCCAGACUUACAUU